GUCACCUCACUCACCCCUCUUCAAUUUUAUUUUUUGGUUCCUUCUUCCUUCGCUUCGUUUCUUUGUGUGUGUUUAUUAACCCCUUUGCUUCUUCUCUUCCCUUUCGUCUUUUCUCUUCAAACCUUCUCUUCUCUCUCUUUCUCUCUCUGACCCUUCUCUUCGUAAAUCGAAGAGGUGGAAGAAAAAGAAGAAGAAGAAACUAAAACACAACAAUGAGGAAGAAUCAUCACCUGCUUCCUCUUCUGUUGCUCUCACUCACCUUCCUCUCAUUCUCCACCGUCAGAUCCGAUUCCUCAGAUCACAGAUACAAGGAAGGAAAUAUCGUCCCUCUAUACGCAAACAAAGUUGGCCCUUUCCACAACCCAAGUGAGACAUAUCGAUAUUUUGAUCUACCAUUCUGCCUGCCAGAUGAUUUGAAGGAGAAGAAAGAAGCUCUUGGUGAGGUCUUAAACGGUGACCGUUUAGUUAGUGCUCCUUACAAGUUAGAGUUCCAGCAGGAUAAGGACUCCGUGCCAGUUUGCAAGAAGACACUGAAGAAGGAAGAUGUGGCCAAGUUCCGAGCAGCAGUUCGCAAAGACUACUACUUCCAGAUGUACUAUGAUGACUUGCCCAUUUGGGGUUUCAUUGGGAAAGUUGAUAAGGAGGGAAAGGAUCCAAGUGAUUACAAGUACUACCUGUACAAGCACAUUCACUUUGACAUAUAUUAUAACAAUGAUCGCGUCAUUGAGAUCAAUGUGCGAACGGAUCCAAAUGCACUUGUGGAUGUCACGGAGGAUAAUGAGGUUGAGGUGGAGUUCUUGUAUACUGUGAAGUGGAAGGAGACUAACACCCCCUUCGAGAAGCGGAUGGAUAAGUACUCACAAUCUUCAUCGCUACCCCAUCAUUUGGAAAUCCACUGGUUCUCGAUUAUCAACUCAUGUGUGACGGUCCUGCUGCUGACUGGUUUCCUUGCAACAAUUCUGAUGCGGGUCCUUAAGAAUGACUUUGUCAAGUAUGCCCAUGAUGAGGAAGCUGCUGAGGACCAAGAAGAGACUGGUUGGAAAUAUAUUCAUGGAGAUGUAUUUAGAUUUCCAAAAUACAAGUCUCUAUUUGCUGCUGCCCUUGGAUCUGGUACCCAAUUGUUUACCCUUACGGUAUUCAUAUUCAUCUUGGCACUUGUUGGAGUCUUUUACCCAUACAACCGAGGUGCUCUGUUUACCGCACUUGUUGUCAUUUAUGCGCUCACUUCAGGAAUUGCUGGCUAUACAGCAACAUCUUUCUACUGUCAAUUAGAAGGAUCAAACUGGGUUAGGAAUCUUCUAUUGACUGGAUGCCUCUUCUGUGGACCAUUGUUUCUCACAUUUUGCUUCCUGAACACUGUUGCAAUUGUUUACAAUGCCACUGCGGCCCUCCCAUUUGGUACAAUUGUGGUUAUAGUUCUGAUAUGGACACUUGUCACAUCUCCUUUGCUUGUGUUGGGUGGGAUUGCUGGGAAGAAUAGCAAGGCUGAAUUUCAGGCUCCCUGCCGUACAACCAAGUAUCCAAGGGAGAUUCCACCUUUGCCAUGGUAUCGGGGAACAAUUCCCCAGAUGGCAAUGGCCGGGUUUUUGCCCUUCAGUGCAAUAUACAUUGAACUAUACUAUAUAUUUGCCAGUGUUUGGGGUCACAGGAUUUACACCAUCUACAGUAUACUGUUCAUUGUCUUCAUCAUUCUCUUGAUUGUUACUGCUUUCAUUACUGUGGCAUUAACGUACUUCCAGCUUGCUGCUGAGGAUCACGAGUGGUGGUGGAGAUCAUUCCUCUGUGGUGGUUCAACUGGCUUAUUUAUAUACGCCUACUGUCUGUAUUACUACUACGCUCGCUCGGACAUGUCUGGAUUCAUGCAGACGUCAUUUUUCUUUGGAUACAUGGCAUGCAUAUGCUAUGGUUUCUUCUUGAUGCUUGGAACUGUCGGAUUCCGCGCGGCUUUACUCUUUGUCCGCCACAUAUAUCGAUCCAUCAAGUGCGAGUAAGACAUUUUGUCCUGACCGAUCAUCAUCACAGGUCCUUUAGAAGAGCUGUUGUCUUCAUUUCAUAGGCAUUCUGUAGAAAAUUAUAGUAAUUUUGGUGUUCCUUUCUGUACUAUAAGGGGAAGCUGGGUUGGGUUGGGUUGGUUCGGGGUUGUUUCUAGCUUCCAGUUGUUAGAUCACCACAAAGGGUGCUUUUGGAAAAAACGUCUGUACUACCAUAUCUUUAACCAAACACUUGCAAUACCUUCAUUUUCCUCUAUUUUUGAA